AUGUCCAACGGAAAGACCGUCCUCGUCACCGGUACGUCCACCCUCAUGAUCAGAGCUCCCGGCGCAUCUCGGCCUACCUCACUCAGUCCGGCGGCGGGCCCCACUUACCGACUCUGCCCGUCUCGCGGACUCACCCCACGCUGACCACGUGUGCUCCUCCUCUGACCCCACAGGUGCCUCCGGAUUCCUCGCUUCGUACGUGAUCGAUGCCUUCCUCAAAGCCGGAUGGAACGUCCGAGGUACCGUACGUGACCUCUCCAAGGGCCAGCACCUCCAGGACCGUUACCCUUCCGGUUCCCCACUCAAACUCGUCCAAGUCAAGGAUCUCGUCACGGGAGAGGGGCUUGAGGAAGCUAUCCAAGCUUGUGAUGCAAUUGCUCAUGUUGCAAGUCCUUGUGAGUGGAUUCGAUAUUCGCUCGGAGGUUUUUCGGUGUUGGCGCACCCUCCCCGCCCCCACCCUCGCCGGAGAAACUGACGAGUCAUCUCUCCGAUCCGAUUCGGCCUCCUUGUGACCUGACUGUCUUCACUCCAGACCAUUUCAACAUCACCGACCCCAAGAAAGAUCUUCUUGACCCCGCCAUCGAAGGCACGCUUUCAGUCCUCCGAGCCGCCAAAGCCGUCGGCGUCACCAAGAUCGUCGUCACUUCUUCCUUCGCCGCCGUCACCGAUUUCACCAAAGGUGGACCGUGGAGGGAUUAUACCUACACUGCGGAAGAUUGGAACCCUUCGACGAUGGAGGAAGGUCUCAAGCCUGGUCAGACGGGACCGUUCAUCUAUUCCUUAUCCAAGGUCGGUCGAAGUCGGAUCGAAACAUUUGAGGUAUGCCAUGCUCACAGGCGACUUCGCUCUUUGCAGACUUUGGCUGAGCGUGCGGGCAAGGACUAUGCUAAAGAGAAUGGUCUUGAAUUGGCAACGCGUGCGUUGAAUCAUUGCGAAAAUUCUCGGCAUCCUUCAAUGCUAACGUCUCCCUGCCCUGCCCUGCCCGCCCGCAGUCAAUCCUCCGAUGAUCUGUACGUUCCCAGCGUAGUAACCCCUCAUCCCAUAUUUGACUUCGGAUAUGUGAUAUAUAGAUGGACCCCCUCUCCAACGCAUCGCCGAUGCAUCCGAGGUCAACACAUCAAGCGGUGCGAUCUACGCCCUCAUCAAUGGCUCAACCAAAGGCCAAGUCCCCGCGAACCGCUUGCCGCUCUUCUGCCAUGUUGAGGACGUCGCUCGAGCCCAUGUAUUGGCACUUGAACAUUUGCCCAAGGUUGAUCAACAGAGGUUCUUGCUUUGUGGUGGGGGGUUCACUUGGGAACAGGUGAGUGAGCUCGGAUCGAAUGGGAUCUCGUGCGCUUGAGCAAAACUUCACCUCUCGGAGUUAGGGGUGAGGGGUCAACACAAUAAUAUAAUUUGUGCUGAUCUCAAAUUUCCAUACGCCUUCAGGCCAUUCUCCACCUCGAGAAGUCUCGACCCGACCUAGCCUCGCGUCUCCCCAAGUUGCCCAAAGACGAAGACCGAGCCGACCUUAAUGCGGGACCCUUGGCCAAACUCGACUGCACCCCUGCCAAGGAGUUGUUGGGCAUAGAGAGGUUCAAGACGUGGCAAGAGACGUUGGAGGAGACAAUCGAUCGAUUGGUGGAGAUGGAGAAACAGUGGUAG